GGGACCUACGCUGGUUGUUAGGGGGAGAGCACUACGAUUUGCGUCCAGGAAGCCAGAGAUUGAAGCGGGAGCGGAGCACUGGGGGAUCCGGAGAAUCGAGGGAUCGGAUAGGGAGGAGCGCGGCAACGAGAGGCCGGAGCCGAGUCGGAGAAGCAGAGAAAUUAAUUUAUAAGUCAUGGCUUCCAUGUUGAUGCACACGUUUAGAAUUGUACCCACCAAUGUGAAAUGGGCUGCAAAAUUAAAUCUGCGUUUAUUGAGCUCUGUUUCUUCUACUCAAUCUCAAGUGAAAUCAAGCACCAAGAAAACUCUAGCAAAACCAGGGUUGAGAAAUGUUGUUCUGGUUGAAGGUGUUCGAAUUCCAUUCUUGAUAUCUGGUACCACGUAUGCAGAACUGAUGGCUCAUGAUUUAGCCAGGGCAGCACUAAAGGGACUACUUAGAAGAACCAAUGUCCCAAAACCAGAUGUUGACUAUAUUACAUUUGGUACUGUUAUUCAGGAGGUCACAACAAGUAAUAUUGCUCGAGAGGCUGCACUUGGAGCAGGGUUUUCAGAAAGAACUCCAGCCCACACUAUAACAAUGGCUUGUAUUUCUUCAAAUCAGGCAAUGACUACAGCUUAUGGUCUGAUUGCUUCCGGUCAGUGUGAUACAGUAAUAGCAGGUGGUGUAGAACUGAUGUCUGAUGUUCCCAUCCGUCACAGCAGAAAAAUGAGGAAGGCCUUACUUUCGCUUCCCAGAGCUAAGACAAUAGGACAGAAAUUGGCUCUGCUUGGAAAAAUCCGCCCAGACUAUUUUGCUCCUGAGCUUCCAGCGGUAGCUGAAUUCUCCACCAAUGAGACGAUGGGGCAUUCUGCAGACAGACUUGCAGCAGCAUUUGGUGUAUCCCGAAGAGAACAAGAUGAAUUUGCUUUGCGUUCACAUUCUUUGGCCAAGAAAGCAGAAACUGAGAAGCUUCUUAAAGAUGUCAUUCCAUUCAAAGUGCCAGGCCAUCACACCGUCAUCAAAGAUAAUGGAAUUAGACCAUCCUCGAUGGAACAGCUGGCUAAAUUGAAGCCAGCCUUUAUCAAACCGCAUGGAACCAUUACUGCUGCCAAUGCUUCUUUCCUGACAGAUGGUGCUUCUGCUGUGUUAAUAAUGUCUGAAGAUAAAGCACUGGCUAUGGGCUACAAACCACUGGCUUAUCUAAGGGACUUUGUAUAUGUCUCACAGGAUCCAAAAGACCAGUUGCUGCUUGGGCCAACAUAUGCAACUCCUAAGGUUUUGGAGAAAGCUGGAUUAACGCUUAAUGAUAUUGAUGUCUUUGAGUUUCAUGAAGCUUUUGCAGCACAGAUCCUGUCUAAUAUGAAAGCUAUGGAUUCAGAGUGGUUUGCAAAAACCUAUAUGGGCAGAAAAACUAAGGUUGGUGUUCCUGAAAUGGAUAAAUUUAACUGUUGGGGUGGUUCAUUAUCCCUGGGACAUCCUUUUGGUGCCACUGGAUGUCGCCUGGUUACAAUGGCUGCUCACAGACUGAUUGCAGAAGGUGGACAAUAUGCACUUGUUGCUGCUUGUGCUGCUGGAGGACAGGGUCAUGGAAUGAUUGUUGAAACCUAUCCCCAGAAAUGAAAUGUGCUUUCCUAAUCAGCACCAAUCCAGUGUAACGGGAAGUUAAAUGAAGAUCAAAAAUAUUCUGCUCAUCUGAAAAUACCAUCCACAUUUGACAAUAAAAAAUUAAACCAUUGAAUAUGUAUCUCAAAUAAGGAGCUGGCCAGCUUUUAGUAUAUGACUUAAUGUACAUUAUAAGCCUAAUUCUGUCUUCCAGCUAAGAAUAUAGUUUCUUAGUGAUUUGUAAAAAGAAUAAAUUGGAUAUGCAGAAGAAUGGAGAUAGAUGCAUUAAUAUCAAAUUGUGCCUUACUCAUUAAUAAACCAUGUUUUGUGAAUUAUUUGAUUUUCUUGUAAUCACCUAUGUGGGAGUAUAUAAUUUAUUUAAAUAUAUUAUGACCACAUCACUGAUGUGACUUCUGCAAGAAAACCAAUCCUUCAUUACCAACAGGAGACUUCCUGUUUGCUACUUUUGCCACUGAGUGAAUCAAAACUGUUGAUUGUUAUGUGAACGUUAAAGUAUUGGUAAUUUUCUGCUGGGGGAGUUGGAAUUACUAUGUCCUGGUAAAACGGCUCAAUCUUACUAACGUGACAAUUAUAGUCAAUAUGUCAAAAGCUUUUUGUUACAUAGCUUUGCACAUGUUGAGGAACGAAUCUGAUCCAUUGCACCUCUCAGUGCUCUCUAUUAACUUAAAUGCACCAAAAUUUUUCACCUUGUUUGGGAAUUUGUGUACUUCGGUAAGAGCUAAUCAUUUAACAAGCUAUUGGUGGUAAUAACUUCUUUACCCUCCCUAAAUAUAGGUCAAUAUUAUAAUCCAUCUCUAAAAAUCUAAAAUAGGACUUAAAAGUUUCUUGUGAACACUAUUUUGAAAUUGAUUAAAAGAAGUUGCAUGCUUUAUUCAGAACUUUAUUUUCUCAUGUUAGAUAGUGAAAAACUUCUGUAAUGGCAUUGGAAAAUAGGAAUUAUAGUUGAUAAGAGAUGGAGGAAUGUCUGGUAACAGGUUAAAAGUGAUGCGGUUGCACGUGGCAGAUGCGCUAAUGCUGUUGCUAUGCAAAUGCAGAGACCUGCUUACCGUGGGUCUUGUUUGUGUGGAAUUUGCAUGAUCUCUCUGACUGCCUGGUGCAACAGUUCCCUCUUUUGUCAUAAGAUGUGCUGGUAGGUUAAUUGGGUAAAAGAGGGAAUAUGUUGGGCAUGUGAGGGAAAUAUAUCGCAUACUGCAGGAAAGUAGGCAGAUGGGGAUUGGAAGGUAUUGGAUUAGUUUGCUUUAAGCUAGCAAAGAUCCAGUGGCUGAACAACCUGUGUUAGGAGUAAAAAAAAGUUUGAAUUUUACACCUCCAUUUUUACCAUUGUUGCAUUAAUAAUUUAGCCAAAAAUCAGAAAUUAACAGUAAUUAUCAAUAGUUCAAAGUAAGAAAUGUGGACAGCAUAUAUAAUAUUUUAAAAGAAUAUGCCAUUCCAAUGCAAAUACUGCUUCAGUGAAAUAAAUAUUGAAUGAUCACCAAUAGUGGCAAAUAUGCUAAAGUUUGACAUCAAACAGCGUUAAUUAUAUCUACAUUAAUAAUAUUUAAUGAAAUCACACUAGAAUAGGAAUUAACUAUUCACCCACACAUCAAUAAAAUUAUUGAAAUCAACACAAACUGUUCGACUUCUAACUUAUGUAGAUAGAAGCUAGACAGUGGAGAUGUGACCUUGACAAUUAUUUAUUCUAAACAUUAUUGGUGCAGUGGAUUUCCAUUCAAGUGCAUAUUUGAUAUAUAAUUGACAUAGUUCAUAAUAAAGUUAGUGUUGGAAUAUAUUCAAUUUGACUGCAUGUAACAAAAUGAGCUUCAGUAUUAAAUAAAAAUGAAAAGCAAUUUUAAAAAUAAGUAAUUUUAUUUAAAG